UCAGCAAUAAGCCGCCCCAUCGACUCCGAUGACCUGCCCCGACACCCAGCCCAUGUCUUCGCUGGCGAGGGCCACACACAGGGCCGCGACCUCUUUCGCCUCGCCGAUCCUCUUGAACGGCGACAUGGCCUCUCUGUCUUUCCUCAUGGAGGCAGGGAACAUACCUUGUGCACACAGAGACAUAGGCUUUAGGACACACAGAUGACUAGCGAAAAAACGCGAAGUUCGCCCUUGUUCUUUCUUCUCUCGACCUGGCAGCACUGGUCCUGGGGCAACAGCAUUGACCCGAAUGCCCUUCUCGCCCGCCUGUUGGAGCGUGGAGGCACACAGGCAGGGAGGGGAGGGGAGGAUUAUGAGCGUGUGUGGGUGUGGGAGGUGUGCAGAAAUCACCUCUUUGGCCCCGCACUUCGUGAGCAUAUUCACAGCCGCCUUAGUAUAACUCGUAUGAUACAAGGAAAGCGAAUGAGAAUGGUAGGAUCUUUACUACUAUAGUGAUUCAGAAGACCUUGGACGCGCAGUAGCAGACGUGGUCGGCAAUCGGAUGGCUCCCCGCCACGCUGCUGUUGAGAAUGAUGACGCCCCCCUUGCCCAUCCGCUUGAUGGCCUCCUGCAUCGAGAAGAACGUUCCCUGCACCCACCCAUUCCCCCCGCCAUACGCAGAGAUGCUGUUACGUAGAGGCCUGCUUGUCUCUCUCUCUCUCUCCCCGUUCCCUGUCAGGGUAUGUGUGUGUACCGACUUGCCGACCUUGACGUUGACGUCCAUCAGGUGAUCGUAUACAUCCUCUGGGGUGUCACGGAUCGUCCCCACAUGGAGCACACCCGAGUUCAAGAACACAACAUCCAAACUGCCGAAGCGGGCAUACACCUGCAGGCAGGCAGGCAGGCAGGACACGAACAUACAAACAAACAGAUGAGAAGAGGAGGAUGGGUUAAUGAGAAGUGGCCGACGAGUCCUCCCACACACGAGCAUCCGUAUCAUCUGACCUCAUCGUAGAGUCGAGUGAUCUCACUGACGCGCGAGAGGUCGGCCUGGAAGAUCGCCCCGCUCCCGCCGGCCUUCUCGACGGCCUCGAGCGUCGCCUUUGCCUUGGCCUCAUUGCCUGCACACACCGAACAGAGAAACACACAAACACAAAUCGAUGAAUGCAGGCAGGCCUGUGCUUGGAUACCCCUCACCAGAGUAGUGGAUGGCAAUCGUAGCGCCUUUCUCGGCGAAUGCGACGGCAGCUGCGUUACCGAUACCUCCACUGGCUCCAGUCACCAGCACCACGCGGUUAUGGGUUUAUGCGUCUGCAGACAGACAGACAUCGACGCACAGACCGAGCCAUCCACACCCAAUGGCAUGCCCGCCGCAGUCGGCUAUGUGCUCUGGUGCCUGGUGGUGGGCGGGUAAGGGGCUGACGCGCGGCUGUAACCGUCCCCCGGCGCGGCGCGAGCGGUUCGGGGAGGCACAGAACCUUUACUCACACACGCGCGCACACACCGAAAUGAACACCCACACAGCGGCAGCCUCUGUCCGUCCCUCCGUGUGUCUGUUUUGUGUGCGUACCAGCGCCCUGCUGCAGUGACGAACAAGGAAGGGAAUGAUGAGAUCCCUGCCUGCUGCAUACAGACAGACAGAUACACACACACACACACAGACAGACAUACGCGCGCAGGUAUGUGUUCGGUCAGCGUCUGUUACGUACGUCAGCGUCUGUCAGCGGUGGAAUGUGGGAGCCCACUCGUAGGGUCAU